UGCACAACAUGACAAAUUUUAUACACCUUAACUCUCUCUACUUUCAUUCUCCUUUAGCUUCUUUUUCUUUUCUCUGCUUUCUUUCUUUUCUCUCCACCCCAAUGAAGCUGUCUCCCUCGUCUUCUCUUUACAAUACUAGUGCUGGAGAAAGUCAUUCAUGGUCAUCACCCACCAUGAGAUGCCACCACUGCCACGGCCAUGACAAUCUCACCGGAAUAAGCCUGAAACCACCUGCGGUACGGCCGUAUGUCCGGUCCAAGGUGCCUCGGUUGAAAUGGACGCCUGACCUUCACCGCUGCUUUCUGCAUGCAGUUGAACGCUUAGGUGGAGAAGACAGAGCUACACCAAAGAUGAUUUUACAGAUGAUGGAUGUGAAGGGCCUUACUAUCUCCCACAUAAAGAGUCACCUUCAGAUGUACAGGAGCAUGAAGCAUGAGCAGGUGAUGCAAGAAGCAACUAUGGUACCAAGGAGAAAUCAGCUUGCAGAUAUAGGAAUUACUCAUCCCAAAUCUGUGCAAAAGCAAGGGUUUCGACCUGAAGGAGUGAAUGCAAGUGGUACCAAUCGAGCACAAAUAUGGAAAGGAAACAAGAUGAGUGAGGCUAAGACAUUAUCAUAUGCAAAAAUAAGUAGCAAAGCAUUGGAGCAAAAACCAAAAUCUUACAUCUUCUUCAAGGAACUGCUUAAAAGCUGCAACACCCGAAAGGAGAAUGAGGCAGCAAAAUUGGCAGUGCAGAAUCAUCAAAGAUGGGUUGACUAUGUGGGGGCUUCAGAGGGAAAAGCUAAGGGUUCACAGGCAAUGUUGAAGCUGGGCAAAGCUGAGCAGGCCCUAGACGUCAAUGAUGUGUCUCUUGACCUCACUCUUGCUUAACUAGUUUUGUAUAAAUAUGCGCAAACAAA